AUGUUUCAGUUUUUCAGUUACUACAACUCCUUCUUCUUCUUCCUCUUCUUUCUCCCUUCUCUAUUUCCCGCCAGAAUCCUUCCCGCCGAUUUAUUCCCAGCCGACCUCUCUCCCAACGCCACCUGGAACAACUUCGUCAACUUCAUCGACGCCGGCAAGGGAGCCAAUUUCUCCGGCAUGUCUGAGCUCAAGAAAUACUUCCACCGUUUCGGAUACCUCCAAGUCCCUGAUAACCUCGUUGAUAACUUCACUGAUGUCUUCGAUGAUAACCUUGAAUAUGCCGUAGUCAACUACCAGAAAAACCUCGGAUUGACGGUGACCGGAAAGCUCGACGCCGGUACUGUCACACAGAUCAUAUCGCCGCGCUGUGGCGUUAGUGAUGCAACGAAAACGAUGGAUAAUAUCCACGUGACUAAACACUAUGCGUAUUUCUACGGUCAGCCGAGGUGGGGGAGAUCGGCUCAGACGACGCUAACCUACGCUUUUUCCGGUAAUCAUAUGAUCGAUUAUCUUAGUUCCUCCGACGUACAAGAUGCUUUCCGACGCUCCUUCUCGCGGUGGUCGUCUGUGAUUCCGGUCAACUUCCUUGAAUCAGACAGUUACUCGACUGCAGAUAUAAAAAUCGGAUUUCACAAAGGCGAUCAUGGCGAUGGAGAGCCGUUCGACGGCGUUUUGGGAGUGUUGGCUCACGCUUUCUCGCCGGAAAACGGUAGACUCCAUUUAGAUGAAGCUGAAACAUGGGCCGUUGAUUUUAAAUUAAGUAAAUCAAAGGUGGCCGUUGAUUUGGAAUCGGUUGCGACCCAUGAAAUCGGGCAUAUACUCGGGUUGGCCCAUUCUUCGGUCAAAGAUGCAAUCAUGUAUCCGAGUUUGAGUCCUAGAACGAAGAAAGUGGAUCUUAAGAUUGAUGACGUGGAGGGGAUCCAGGCGCUCUACGGGUCAAACCCGGAUUUCUCAUAUAGUUCAUUAAUGGAAUCCGAUUUAUCUUCGGGUCGGGUUAUUGGGAACUCAUUUAAAUGGUUGACUUAUUUGGUCUUAAUUGUAGGGUUUUUAUUGUGACCAAAUUGUCCUUU